AUGAGUUAAAUAGAUCUAGAUUUUAUAAAAAAAGCACCUAAAAUAGAAUUGCAUGCACACUUAAAUGGAUGUGUGAGAAAAGAAACUCUUGAGUAAUUUGCUAAAGAAAAAAAUUUGUAGCUAGACUUUUCAUGCUUCGAUCGCAAGGAUAAUGAUGGAUAGUUUCAUGUGUUUGGAAUCAUAUCAUAAACUAUAAAAACUUUACCUGAUUUUAGAAGAGUCACUAAGGAAAUGCUUGAAGAUUUUAAAUUAUAAAAUGUAAUUUAUUUGGAAAUCAGAACUACCCCAAAAUAAUGCGAAAACGGAAGUUUUACUAUGGAAGAAUAUGUCAAUACUAUACUUGAAGUUAUUAAAGAUCAUAAUUAAUAAAAAGAUUAAACAAUGUAAGUGAGGUUACUCCUCAGUAUUGAUAGAGGCAGAUCUUAAGAGCAUGCUCAAAAAGUAUUUAAUUUGAUGCUUAAAAUGCACAAAGAAUAACCUUAUGUAGUUGGUUUAGAUUUCAGUGGUAAUCCUGAAAAAAAUUCAUUUUCAGAUUUUAUUAAAUACUUUUAGUAAUGCAAGUAAUUAAAUAUUAAAACUACUCUGCACGCUGCAGUUAUUGAUGGAUAAUAAGUUAUAGAUGAAACAUUACAAAUGAUUGAAUUUCAACCAGAUAGAGUAGGUCACUUUAACUUCUUUAACAAAUAAUUGUAUGAUCGAAUAAUUUAAAAAAAGAUUCCAAUUGAGCUUUGUCCAACUAGUAAUUUUUUUACUAAAGGUCUAAAAGAUAUGUCAGAACAUCACUUUAAGGACUUCUUUUUUUAAGGACAUUUAGUUAGUUUAAGUACAGAUGAUACGGGUGUUUUUGAUACUGAUUCUACUCAAGAGCAUUAAAAAAUAAUAAAAACAUUCAAUUUGAAUAAAGAGUAAUUCAAAUAAUUACUUAUUAACUCUUCAAACAUGAUAUUCGAUACAUAACACAAAGAGUAUUUACAAUAAUAAAUUUAAUAAUAUUUUGAAAUCUACCAAGAAUCACCUAACUGA